CCGGGAGGAUACCUUGGCCUCUGAGCCCUCCGCUCAGGUACGCCCCUUCUAGAGGAGAGCUACUGACCUAGCUGCUGAUUGGCUGAUUCAGUGCUGACUCCAGCCAAUCCAUUCACGGCAGGUAAGAGGACUUAGAAAUCACGGAGCCGAAGCCCACCUCCUCCCACUCGCUCCCCACCUCCGCUGCCACCGCCGCUCUCCCUCGUCCGUCAGCUUGUCUUUCUGUCCCUCCCUCCGUCCACCCUUCGGUCAGUCCUCCCGUCAGUCCGUCAGUCCGUCGCUCAUACAUACUGCCCGACGUCACGUAGACCAAUAGGAAGCCGAGACGCGAUGACGGACAGAAGGGAGAACCAGUGAAACCCACAGGCGUAAGGGGGAAGGGAGAAGCGACUGCCCGGUUCAGGGCGGAAGCGGCCGCUCUCCGGUUAGGGCCGAGGAACGAAAGAUGGCGGCUACGUCGCUGCUCUUUCAGCUGCUAUGGCCUCUGCUUCUGCUGUUGUCCGACUUGCCGGCCUGCGUGGUCGGGAGCUUGAACCUGGAGGAGCUGAAUGAGAUGCGAUACGGCAUCGAGAUCUUGCCGCGGCCUGUCAUCGGGGGGCAGAGCCAGUCUUCUGAGGUCGUGAUUGUCUCCUCCAAGUACAAACAGCGAUACGAAUGCCGUUUACCAGCUGGAGCCAUUCACUUCCAGAGGGAGCAUGAAGAGGAGGCCCCUCCUUAUAAAGGGCCUGGAGUCCCUGAGUUGCUGAACCCAAUGAGAGAUGCACCCUGUCUAGUGAAAACCAAGGACUGGUGGACAUAUGAAUUUUGUUAUGGACGCCACAUACAACAAUACCACAUGGAAGAUUCAGAGAUCAAAGGUUCUGUUCUCUAUCUUGGAUAUUACCAAUCUUCCUUCAACUGGGAUGAUGAGACUGCCAAGGCCUCCAAGCAACACCGCCUAAAACGCUACCACAGUCAGAUCUAUGGAAAUGGCUCCAAGUGUGACCUGAAUGGUCGACCCAGAGAGACUGAGGUCCGGUUUCUGUGUGAUGAAGGUUCAGAUGCUUCAGGUGACUACAUUGAUCGGGUAGAUGAGCCUCAGUCAUGUUCUUAUGUGCUGACUAUUCGGACCCCUCGACUCUGCUCCCAUCCUCUUCUUCGGCCUCCUCCCAGUGCUGCCCCCCAAGCCAUCCGAUGCCACCCUACCUUACAGCCAGAGCAGUAUGGAGCAUAUAUCCAGGGACAAGUGUUAGAUGCAAAGCAGAAAAUUGAAGAGAUCUCUGAGAAGCUUCACAACCCAGAACUUGAAAUGUGGAGUGAGACAAAGUUUGGGGUCCUCGAUACAAAGGGAACAGGUGUGACCCCACCCAAGGGUGACCCCGGAGAAUCAGAUGUCUGGAACAAGCCUACUCAGACUGAAGAACAGACCACCCAAAAGAAAGAGGCUCAGGCUGAGGAGCAGAACCCCACCCUGGAGAAGGAAGGUCCAACAUCAGACCCUGUAGAUGGUUUCCAUGAUAAUGUGCAGGUCAAGGUCAUUCGGAAUCCAGGGGACUUGGUUCGAUUCAUAGAGGAACUGAAAGGUGGGACCAAAAAGGGGAAACUAAACCCAGUCCAAGAAGGAGAUGUAGAGACCACGACAGAAAUCACCCAGGAGGGGCCAGAGGUCAAAGUAGAUGGUGGUGAAGAAGAGAGGAGUGAGGAGGAAGAAGAUGAGGAGGAAGAACGACUCUUGGGGGAAUUUGAAAAGGAGCUAGAAGGAAUGCUGCUACCUUCAGACCGAGGCCGACUACGGUUUGAGGUGAAGACUGGGAUGGAGAAGGAGCUGGAUAACAUUAUCCAGGAGGCAGAAUCAGAGCUGGACCCAGAGGAGCCGAGGAGUGCAACAGAACGAAGCCAAGCCUCCCAGGCCUUGGCAUCCACUCUCAACAAGCUCAUUCAGAGGAUGGAUGGAAGGCAGGGACCUGACCAGGGGGAGGGGCCCAUGGAAGGUGGUGCUACCCCUCCAACCAGCCCUCCCCCGCCUCAGUCCACAGAUGAGGAAACUGAGCGCCGGGUCAGAGUUCGGGUCACCAGACUCCGUGCUGGAGGCCCGAACCAGGAUCUGUCUGUCUUUGAGAUGAAGCGGGAAAAUCCACAAGUGAAACAUAUAGAGGGACUGGUGAAGGACCUGCUUGAGAGGGAGGGGCUCACAGCUGAAGGUAAAGUUGAGAUCAAGAUUGUUAGGCCAGGAGCUGGAGAGACUGAAGAGGAGGAUGGACAUUGGCUGUCUGAUGAGGACACCAAGAACCUGAAGGAGAUUUUCUUCAACAUCCUGAUCCAGGGAGCAGAAGAGGCGCAGAAAGAGCGACAAAGACAGCGUCAGUUGGAGAGUAAUUACCGACGAUCACUCUGAAGAGUCCUUCUGAACCUCUCUAACCUGUCACCUGCAUCGAACCCCCAUUUUAGUGUCCCCAGAAAUGGAACAACAGACUGGAGCCGAGCUGUGGAGUCCCAGGGACUCGGGAGGGGCUCUUUCAUCGGGGGUAUUGGGGCUGGGUGGGAUUUAGCAUGCUAUUGCUACAAGAUGUUUGUAACAAUAUAGGGUCCCCUCAAGGUUAGUCUGGCCUUCUCCCUCUCCUCUAAUUUCCCAACUUUAGCUCUUUCCUCUAGAUCUCCACUUAUCCUUUCCUAGCUCUUUGCCUCACUCUCUACCCUGAGGUACUAUGGCCUAUUUAAAAAAAAAAUUAGAGGGGAUGUUAAGGGGGGGGGGUGGCUGGCCAUUAAUAGGGCUUAACCUGCCCUGAUUGCUCCAUCCUGGGAGUUAGGGGUGUUCCUCAUUUGCAAACACUCCCCAUAGUAUGUAUGCCCCACUCCUCCUUCCCUUAGAGAAUGUCCCAGCUCCUACUAUUUGGAGUUACUUGGUCCCUUGCUUAGGAUGGGAUGAUAUCUAAUUGGAAUUCUCCCAGUAAUUUCCCCUACUCAUGAUUUGGAGGGGGGCAGAGGGUGAGGCAACUUCCUCCUCUGGUUGUGAUGCCAUAGGAGAUGGGAGAGGCCUUCACCACUAGGAGUUGGGGUUUCCCUGUCCCCUCCUUUUGAAUAAUCAGGUUUCUUAAUAAAGUGAACUGGACCCUGAAACUGUCUGUCUAUUAGAGGUAGGCUUUCUUAUUCUCAUCACACUUUGCCUAGAGAAGGAGUUUCCUGUCCAGAGGAAAGGAAGGAACCCUUAUCUCACCUCUACCUUGCUCUGCUUCUUGCUUGGGGGUACAUUUUUCAGGUUCUGCUCUCAUUCCACCUUGUCUCCAAACUACUACACUUGUUCAGGGUGGGGGGAGUGGGCAGGGACACAUCUAUCUAUUCAGGGCAGAAAAGCCCCUCUCCAGGCCUGAACAAGGAUCAGACAAUUUCUGCUUUGUCUUCUCUUUCUUACCUGUCCCUACUGUGGCUCUUCUCAACUCCUGCUUCCUUGGCACUGGCUUGUCCUCUCCUUCCACCUUAUGUCUAAAAUCUGAAACCUGGGUAGUUAGUGAUUGCAGUGUUGAUAGCUAGCCCUAGAAAGGGAUUUCCCUCCCAUUCCCCAUUCCUAAAUUUGUUAGGGUUAUUUUUCCCUUCCCCACACAACCUAAACCCACCAAGGGAAUCUGCCUCUGUCCUCAUCUUCAACCUUCUGUCUUCCUUGCACACCUGAUGUUUCCUUCUCAUAGGUGGAAAUUAGGUUAUUUCUAUCCAUGUAAAGCAUUGGAAUAUUUUUAAAUUUUGGAAUAUACGAUUCUAAGAAAAUUACUAGAUUUGGAAGGUAGGGAAGGAGAAGUCCAUCUUCAGUGACAGCUGGGCAGAGACUGAUAUGAAAUGUUCAUUUUACCCAUUUGCUGUCGGUCUUUCCAGCCAGCUGGAACUGGGUGUGAGAGGUGCCAGAAGGAGCCAAUUGUAGCUCGGAACACUUUGGGAGAGAGCCAAAUAAGGGCUAGCUUGGAGGGCUUAGAAAAGGUAAAGUCUGAGAGCCACAGGAGAUGGGCCUUUGAUGGCCUGAGAUAGUAGCUAGAGCAUAAUGACCUCCUUCCCCUGAAGGGGUGAGACUUUAGGGAAAUCCAGGAGAAUCCGCUCAGCUGAUUGAGAGUUAGGACGCAGAGAAAGGUCGAAGGUGAGAGUAAAGCCAGGAUUAGAAAGGGUUAAAUUGAAAAGUAUCUCUAUGACUUUGGGAAGUGAUGAUUCAGCAUCGGACUUGUUACUUCAAUUUAUUUCUUGCCCUGAUUAUCUUGUGAAGCUUUUUAACCCUGACUUUGUACUGGGUGAAUGGAAGUUCUGUUUGCAAACAGCUGACCUGAAGGGUAGGAGAAACCUUCAGUUUUCCUUGGGAGUCAGGUAUGAUCUGGUGACAGCAAGAGAGAGAAGGAAGAAACCCUGGGUAAGGGGCUUUGGGAUUCAGCUGCAGGAAUCUUACCCAUCCUCCCAGGAACCAGUGGUGGAAUGCAAAACCUCUGAGCCAGCUUCACUUGAGUGAGUCUGUUAUUGAAGGGCACAUCACGAACAGACCGCUGGGACAAGUGAUGCAAGCUGAGUUUCACCUCACAAGGAAGGAAAGGCUCAUGAAGAGCAGGUGUGUUAUUCCAGGGAGGCUUUGAGCUUCAAGGAGGCUACUACUGUAACAAAUAUUAGAUACCUGUGGAUGGUUGGGCUGUUCACCACCAUUUUUCCAAUCAAAAGUUGCAACUGCAAACUGCUUUCAGAAUUUUUUUUUUCUUUUGAAAGGAGUGUCAGUUUCCUCCCCCCCCUCCUCCCCAUAGCUGUUUGCAGAAAGCAGGGACCUUAUAAAUCCUGCUUGCUUCAAUUCAUUGAACUACACCUUCAGUUAAAGAACCAUGAAGAAAGAAGACUCAGGCUAGAUUUGUUAAACAAAACCACUUCUACAAUUGGAAAAUAGCUGUAAAUGGGAAAGAUUUGUUCUCUCGUUGUAAAUCUUGGAAAGGGGAAUUGUUUUAAAAAAAAAAGCCCUUUUUGGAUUUGAAA